UUGCCUUUUAAUUCUUAAAAAAAAAAACAUUUUACAAGUUCAAUAUUCAUGAUUCAAAUAAUAAAAACAAACAAAAUUUUGAGUCUACAGAUAUAGUAACAAAACUAAAUAAAAAUGGAAUUUUUUAAUUGGUGGAUUGUUCUGUUUAUAAAGUUAGUUUUUUCUCAAUACACGUCGAUUUUUCGGCCAAAUUUACCAUCUGGAGAAUAUAAAACGAAAAUUUAUGCCUUUUUACCUUGUAAUUAUACGAAUGAUUAUUUACUUCAAUUCAAUUAUUAUAUAAGUAAAACGUCUCCAAGCAAAUAUAUGUUGAUGGGCAAUAUAACAUUUCUAAUUAUUUUUGACGAUUCUUUAUUUGUAAAUGUUAAUUAUGCUAUGAAAGGUUCAAACGGCGGUUGGAUAGACAAUGCUCAUAUUAUGUCAUCCAACAAUGCUUGUAGCUCGUUUAAAACAUUUUUUGGAAAUAAUUGGCUUGAAUUCGCAAAAGCUUUUCAAUUUAAUGUUAUUGACUGUCCAAUAAAACCAGGUAUUUACAAAUCAAUUGGAUAUGAUACGAGUAAACUAACUGUUCAUAGUAUGCAAAAAGUAUUUUUUUAUGGUGAAUACAAAGUUACAGUGAAAUACUUAAAUUCUUCAGGUAAAGUUCUUGGCUGCUUCUCCUUACUUCAAGAUGUAUUGCGUCCAUGGGAAUGAAUAUCAUUAAAUUCAACAAAUUCAACUUUAGUUUGAUAAAAUAGAUUUAGAAGAAUAAAUGAUUCGAACUAGUUAAAAUAUUACAUAAAAAUGAAUAAUUGAAAGGUCCAUGCAAUAAACCGUUAUCUCCAUUUUUUAAAAUUAUUUAGGAGGUAUAAAUACUAUAUUUUUAUAGUACUUCAUUCUAUAUAUAAGAAAUUUUUUAUUUUAUAAUAUUAGCUAUCCUAGUGGGCGGAUGUGAUCACACCGAAUUGUUAUAAAAUGACUAUCCAUAAGAAAAAUUAGAAUGUAAAUUUCAAAAAAACUGAGAUGAUUGGUUAUUACACUGAACCUUUCGAUACAAUGCACAAAAUUUGGAUGGGUUUGGUUUUUUUUGUUAGUCUGAUUUAUUAAUAAUACUACCCCCAUAUAUUCAUAAAAAUGUGCAGGCUAAAAUUUGAUUUAUUUUUAUAAAUCAUAACUCGCAUAAGUAGACUUAUUGUACGUUGCGCAUUUAUCUUCCUUACAAUUAAAAAACUCAAAAAGUAAUAAUACAAAACUGGAUAUCGACCAGUCAAAAUUUUAUUUAGGCCAUUCUCCAUUAAUAAUAAUAAAAUUACAAUAAGUUGUCUUUAUCUUUUGAAAGUUAUCCCUAAAAUUUACUCUUUUUUAUUAUUCUUACAAUACACUUAAUAUUCACUAUGUUUCAUAAAAAUAAAUCAAAUUUUAAUCAGUACAAUUUUAUAAAAAAAUCAUUUGACAAAAUAUAGGAGGUCGUAUUCUUAAUAAAUUAAACUUUGCAAAAAUUAAAAAAAAAAUUACCACAACAUCUUUAU